CAGAAUGGCUCCUGCAUCCAAACAGUCUGCUAGGUUAGGUUUGCGUUUGCCUCAGACUUGUUCCCGUUCCGUUUACCGUCGUCGGUCUCCCCCCCCCCAACUCCCCGACUAGUAGACAUCACUGACAGAAACAAAGGGCAGGGCAGGGCGGGGCGGGGUAGUGCAGUGAAGUUUAGCUGUGGGACUCUGAAAAACGAGGAGCAGCGCAGUGACGAGAGGAGGAGGACACAUUGAAGUGAAGCGCUCUACCUUUUGAACCUCUCAUUCAAAACCGGGCAGCUGAUACCUAUGGCUUCGAAGUUCGGGCUGGCCGGUGGGAUACCGGAGCGGCGGGUGCGGCCGAUUUGGGACGCCAUCGAUUCUCGCCAAUUCAAGAACGCCCUCAAGCACGUCACCUCCCUCCUGGGGAAGUACCCCACUUCCCCUUACAUUCUUGCGCUCAAAGCUCUCAUUUUGGAGAGAAUGGGAAAAUCGGACGAGGCAUCGACUGCGUGCUUGAAUGCUAAAGAACUGCUCUACUCCGAUGACUCUGUAUUGGUGGAUGAUCUCACUCUCAGUACACUGCAGAUAGUCUUCGAGCGGCUUAAUCACUUGGAUUUGGCCACUAGCUGCUAUGAGCAUGCCUGUGGGAAGUUCCCCAACAAUUUGGACCUAAUGAUGGGGCUCUUCAAUUGUUACGUUCGGGAAUACUCUUUCGUGAAGCAGCAACAGACAGCCAUUAAGAUGUACAAGGUCGCUGGGGAAGAGAGAUUUUUGCUCUGGGCAGUUUGUAGCAUCCAAUUGCAGGUUCUCUGUGGCAAUGGAGGGGAGAAGCUGUUACUGUUAGCUGAAGGUUUGCUUAGGAAGCAUGUUGCAGCCCAUAGUUUGCAUGAACCAGAGGCUGUUAUGGUCUACAUAUCCAUAUUGGAACAGCAAGAAAAGUAUGGUGAUGCUCUGGAAAUUCUCACUGGAAAUUUGGGGUCACUUUUAAUGGUUGAAGUUGAUAAGCUACGGAUACUGGGGAGACUUCUUGCUCGGUCUGCUGACUAUGAUGCUGCUGCUGGUGUUUAUGAGAAAAUCUUGGAAUUGUGCCCUGAUGAUUGGGAGUGUUUUCAACAUUAUCUAGAUUGUCUCAUGGAGGAUGGCAGAAGCUUGAGCAAUGGGCCUGCUGAGGAUAGAUCACAUGCUUCAGGACGUGCGGAGCACCAUUCAUUACCAUUGGCAGAUGAAGUGUUUAAUUCUCGUAUUGCAAGAGCAUCGAGCUUUGUGCAAAAGUUACUGGAACAUACUGGUGAUAACCUCAUACGGUGCCCCUACCUGGCUAACCUUGAGCUUGAAAGAAGGAAGCAGUUAUAUGGAAAGGGAAACAUUGACAAUUUGAUAGAGCUUCUCGUAAAAUACUUUUUAAGGUUUGGUCACUUAGCUUGCUUCGCUUCCGAUGUUGAGGAGUUUCUUCUGGUCUUAUCUUUUGACCAACAGGAGUUCACUAUGAAGUUGAUGAAAAGUUCAGAAUAUAUUUCUCCCACACCAAUAAAAGCACUUGGCCAGUCAAUUACCAUUUUAAAAAUUCAAGAAUUGACUGGAAGCAUGUACAGGCUUCCCGUGGAUGGACUUGAGGAUUCUUCCCGGCAAAUGGUGGAGAUGUAUUGCAAUAACCUUACUCUUUCCAAGGACCUGGAUCCACAAGAGAGUAUGCCUGGAGAAGAGCUUUUAUCCAUGUCAAGCAAUGUGCUGGUUCAGUUAUACUGGCAUACGGGCAAUCUUGGCUAUAUGUUGGAGGCAAUUAUGGUUUUGGAGUUUGGAUUGAAUAUCAGAAGGCAUGUUUGGCAAUACAAGGUUCUAUUGUUGCACUUGUAUUCUCACUUAGGCAUCAUAUCAUUGGCCUAUGACUGGUAUAAAUCGUUGGAAGUGAAGAACAUCUUGUUGGAAACUGUUUCCCACCACAUUUUUCCACAGAUGUUGGUGUCCCCACUUUGGCCUGAACUGAAUAAUCUGCUUAAGGAAUAUCUCAAGUUUAUGGAUGACCACUUUAGAGAGUCUGCAGAUCUUACUUUUGUUGCAUAUCGCCACAGAAACUAUUCCAAAGUUAUUGAAUUUGUUCAGUUCAAGGACAGGUUGCAGCGCUCUAAUCAACACACAAUUGCUGGGAUCGAAGUAUCCCUAUUGAAGUUGAAACAGAAUGCGGGCAACCUUGCAGAAGAAGAGGUGAUUCUUGAUAGCUUGAAAUAUGGCUUGGAUCUCCUUGAUCUUUCUAAUGAGAUUCGAUCAAAAUCCCUGACCUUUAACGAAGAUUUGCAGUCACGACCUUGGUGGACACCAACUGCAGAGAAGAAUCGUCUCUUAGGGCCAUUUGAAGAGCUCUCCCACUUUCCUAGAGAUGACUUGAUGAAAGAAAGGGAAGCACGUGCACGGACAGUCAUAGAGAAAAGAUCCCUUCUUCCACGAUUGAUCUACCUCUCUAUCCAGAAUGCUUCAGCAGCGGUCAAGGAAAGUCCCGAAGCCAACGGUUGUGAUGAGCCUAAAACUUCAUUGGAACUGAAAUCUUUGCUUGAACGCUAUGCAAAGAUCUUGGGCUAUUCUCUAUCACAUGCAAUUCAGCUGAUUGGGGAAGUCUGUCGGGGACUUAGAAGCUCCGAGGUCUUUGGUUCACACUUGAUAGACUGGGUAAACUUAGCUGUGUUCUGUAAUGCGUGGAAGCUGACCUCAACUGAAUUUAGCCUGCAUAGUGGAGAGGAAUUGAAAGGUGGCGGCUGGCUUGUGGAUUCUCUUCUUGAGAAAUGUAUAUUGGAGAGAAUUAGGCCUGUAGAUUCUCGGGUAGAUUUUCCCCGUAAAGAGAUGCCAAUUUUGGUGCAGCUAGUAACAGAACCAUUAGCUUGGCAUGGUCUUAUAAUACAACGUCUUCUUCGAGUGUCUCUUCCGUCGGGAAAAAAGAAGAAGAAGGGUGGCCCUGCCGAUCAGUCAUCCUCUCCACUGUUGGCUGCAGUUAGGGAUUCUGUGCAGCUUCUGUGCGCUGCUGUAGAAGAAGUUAUAAAGCAGUUAAAAGAUCAGAUGAAGAAGUUGGAGGAAGAAAAUUUGGAAGAGUUACUGUCUUCUCUUACGAAGGAAGGGCGAGAUGGUGGCCCUGGGCGAGUUUUCAGGGUUCUAGAGAGUACAGUAUCUUCCGCUAGCAAUGUGGAACUCGGUGAUAGGAUCACUGAGGCUUUGAAGUCAUGGAGCCCUGCUGAGGUCUCCCGGAAAAUAGUUGCAGGGCAGCGGAGAAUGCUGCGUGAAUUCCUUUCCAUCUGCGAGUCAAAACACAAGACAUUCGAGACGCUGAGGAAGCAGAACUCCUGAGCCUGGGAAGGUGGCUGUGGGGGAGGAUUUCUGCGUUAAUGGGAUGGAGAAGGAUCCCGAGAUCCUGGGAGUUGAGCUGGAAAGUCGACAAGACGCCGAAUGUAUGUCCUUGUAUGGAGGAUGUCAGGCGGGGUCUUCUUCCGGUAAAACAUCGGAGUGAGAAGUUGGUCGAUGAGCAGAAGUGGAAUUCGCACGCGUGACGUUUUUGUGAGGUGUGUUGUGUAGACGGACAUAAAACCCGAAACUGUUCUGCUGCUGCUCCGUCUAAUGUGGGUGUGGGUUUUCUUUAUUUAUUCAGGGUGGGGAUUUUUGUUUUGUGAUCAGCAGAUGAAUCGCAUAAUUCUUUGUAUCAUGAAUUUUGGAAAGUGUUGUGGACUCCGAUUUGAUUGCACCGAAACAUCAAAGCAUAGCAGUAGUACGCCGCUUAUUCAACAACAGAGAGAAAUUUCAUUC